AUGAUUCGAUCACACCAAAUAUUUAAUUACUUUUUGAAAAUCACGUCAAAGAUCCAAUAUAAAUAUGCAUGGAUUGAAAAAUGGAUAUGUGAACAAAGAGAUCCUAUUCGCUUUCCAUAUAGUACAAAUAGGGAUAUGAUUGCUAUUAACUACUUAAGACCAGUAUUGGUCGCUUAUUGGAGGUUCAAAACUUUAUUCUUUCCUUUAAUAUAUUACUUUAAUUCCAUCUCAAUAAUGGCAUCUAAACUGCUUCAGCUACCAGCAUUUAUUGUUUCAAGUUUCUCCAAAGAAGAAGACCAAGAGCCUGUAAUUAUUAGAGAGAAAGAAGAAGAAAAAGGAUCUUCAAUUACUGGUACAUUUCCAUUAGAGAUAUGGGAAAGGAUUGCUAGAAAAGGUAAUCUAGACAUGAAUAACUUGUUACAAGUGAACAGUGUAUUCUACCAUCAUUUUGGGGACAUAAGGUACAAAGAAUUUGAAAGUGUUCAACUCUUGCUAGUACUUAGUACUACAAAGAAAAUGAGAAUGAGUGAUGAAUGUUUCUUAAAAUAUGGUCCCGAUUUUCCAAAUCGACCAUAUGAAAGUUACGAGAUUUAUGAAAGACACCAAAUCAGUUCAAAAUAUGAGUACGAGUUUUUGGAUGUCAAAACUAGUUCAAGAAGUUAUAUAUUGACAUAUGAAAAAUCAGAUUCCAUUAUUGUAUCUUCAAAAAAGGACAUUGACUUCUUUAUUGAUCACAUCUUGACUAACCCUAAUUCAAGAUUGAAAAUAUGCAUAAAGAAUCUCUGUAUGGAUGUUUCAUUUUUAGACGGAUUUGGAGAGCUCAUAACUUCAAAAAAUUCCAAAAUCGAUCAGUUUUUGAAAGAAGUAUCAGCUCAAGAAGAGAUAAAUUGUAUUCAAGUUGACUUGCCAGCUGUAAAUGUUACAGAGUGCCACGAUUACUUUAGUGGCUGCAGAUGGCAACCAUAUAUCCAGUCUUAUAAUAGUUUUAGCUAUUUUGCUCGGGAUUUUGAUGAUUUCAAUGGAAAGUUUCCCAGAAAUGUGUAUUAUAAAGAGUUGAUGCCAUUGUCUGCAAUUUUUGAACAUUACGGUAUAAAUAAUAGAAUGUCUCAAAUAGACUUCACCACAGAAAGUCAACUCUUAGAGAAUCAUCCAUUCUCACGCUUCAUCAGUUACUUCAAUGAUAUUCCAGCUAGAUUUCAUUACACCAAAAAUAUACGGAAAGCAGCUUUAAUGUCAUUAAGUAUUGAUAUAAUACACCGUGAAUUCUUGGGUGAACAGGAUGUGGAGAUGGGUCUCCGCAGAUACAUAAAUUUAAUUACUUCAAAAGAGGUUUGUGGUGAUAUAAAUUCAUCUUUUUCAAUUUUAGGUAUGAAGGAUAGCAAGUUAGAAGUAGCUCCAGCUGAUGAUUACCCAAGGGAUAAUAAACUAGUUGAGUACGAGCCACAGAUUAUCUUGUUAAACAAGCCUUUGAUUAAAGCAACCAGUGAUGUUUAA